AUGGGGCUUAAGCUGUCCUGUCUGAAAGGCUUUAAAAUGUGUGUCAGCAGCAGCAGCAGCCACGAUGAGGCCCCCGUCCUGAACGACAAGCACCUGGAUGUGCCCAACAUCAUCAUCACCCCCCCGACCCCCACGGGCAUGAUGUUGCCAAGGGAUUCCAGGAGGACAGCCUGGCUGGAAGACAUGGGGUCAUGUCCAGAGGAUGGAGAAAUAGACCCUGAAGUCUGAGAAGGAGGCGCAGCUCAGGGAUUUGUUGGCACCGGCUCCUGCUCUGGCUAUCCCUCGCCCCACGUGUCUCCAAGGGGGUGUAGCUGCCUGGGACAGAUGUGCU